AAUAUAAAAUAAAAAAUUAAAAUUUAUAAAUUUAUUAAAAUAAAGAGUUAAAAAGCAAGAUUUUAUCCAAAUUAUUCAAAGGAGGAUGUGAUAAUGUGUUGCAGGGAUGCGGAGUUGCUGCCUGGAAUUGAGGAGAAUGAAGAGAGGGCGGUUGUUCUGUUCAGGCCAGUUAACACCCAUCUCCUGCACUCUCCUUCCCAGUUUUCUGUGACCGUUGAUUCUGGGGAUAAAUCCCUUAAACGCCCCUAAACUUGUUAUCUUUGAGGGCGUUCAUCCCUAAACCUAAAACUUGAGAGUUUAGAUCCCUCAACUAUAAAGCUUGCUAAGGAAUAACCCUUUCGUUAAACCACCGUGAACAGGCAAAAUGGAAAACUUACUGUUAAGUCCUUUAAGUAAGAAUUCCAAUAUAGCAUUUUGGGAUACAAAUAUAAAUUGUUGUCAGUUAGUUCUUGAAUCUAAAGAAUUUAAGCAAAGUAGUUGUUAUACCCAUAACUCAAACUUGGAAGGAAAAUCAAGAUCGUGUAAUCCA